GAUAUUGUUCAUUCCAGAUCGCUCCCGAUUUGUCGUCCACUUUGUUCAGCAUCUCUUGUCAAGCACGGAGCCGCCCCUCCUCGGCACCUGUGAUUAAGGUACCAAAGACCCGGUCAGCUUUGUCUAUCAUUGUCAGGUGUACACGGUUGUGUAAUCUUCCUCGAUCGAGCCAUCGAACGCAUGGGCCACCGGGAGCAUUGCAGGACGGUAUAUAUAUAAGAAGACACCGACUCUUGGUAGGAGCACCAACUCGCCGUCAUACACCAACACACUACCUUCUGUAUCACAAGCAUUAUCGCCAUGUCUACCGACAAGAUCGUCCAAGUGCCCCAAGAAUUUUUACGUGUCCAGGCUCCAAUUCUUUUGGAGAUAGAUGUCAAAUUCGCCAAACCGUUCUCCUCCGAAAUGAACCUCGCUCUUCGCAUUUAUUACGGCCGGAUGGUCUUGUGCUCGUACGGCCCAACCAAGUCGGCUAACCCACUGUGGAAUCAUACCUUAGAGUUCGAUACGCACACACCGCGGCUAUACGAUAUCGAGAUCUCCAAGCAUGCUAACCUUCCGGUGCCCAAUCCAAUUUCCCCUACCGGAGCAGUCACACACGUUCAGCUGAGUCUGCCCAAGCUUUUGUCUGAGGGCGCCGUCGAGUUCAAUGUCUCCGAUGGCCCUGACGCUGGCAUGGUUCUACCCAAUUUGCAAGUCACCUACGCAGUUUUAAAGUCAGGAUCGGUCCCUCGCGUCCUCCCACCGGUUCCAGAGGUGCUCGAGGACAAAUUUCCGACAUUGACCAACCUUCGCCGUGCCAUCAACGCUCUAUCCACUCUACGUACGGGAAGGAUUGAGCUGAUCCGCACCAUCCCGGAAACCCUCUGGGUCUUCUUAGUGUCCUUGUGGAACAAUCUGCGAGUUCAGCUGCCUCGCCUCGUCGAUGCGAACCGCAAGAACGAGCGGGAGACCAGGAUCAAUCCGCUGCUGCUGCAGGACAACGCACCCGAAGAUCUCCUUGUUCACGUGCGUGAUACUCUGGAGUAUCUCUGCUCGAUCAGCGCAAAACUUCCAUCCACCGAGAGCACGAAAAGCACGGUGGCACGCUUGACAGGCAACCUCUUGCGCAGCGUCCUCAAGGCGACCGCUCUGAUCUGGAGCUGGGCCCAUUCGUACAUCACGGCUUCGUAUGCGUCGGUGACCCGGGCGAUGAUCGGCCAACCGGAGACCUUCGAGUCCGUGCAGACCGAGCUCUUCCAGUACAGGAUCUGCCUCAUUAGAUCCAUCGAGGCCAACGACGAGGAACCACUCAUGCUCGGUCCUGACGCGUUGGAGUUCGUCUUUGGUAAGGCGUACGCAGAGGCCUUGCAGGGCAACGCAUUGACCCACCGGCCGUACGUGUCUCUGAUGUCCGCGCUCCGCGGUAACCUUGCGCAGGAUGCGUACACGCGCGCACUCGAGGUACGACACGUGUUAUGCCUC